UGAUAUUCUUACCAAAUACUUAUAGAGGAUUUGGCGUCGCGGUAGCUGGAUUUAGCGGAGGCUCUUCCUAAACCAUGAAAUUUGGUCUUGUUGACAGUGAAGUUGAUAGAUACGUAUCCCGUCGGGCAAUGCUUAUCGGUUGUUAUUUUUCUUGCACUCCUGAUUGUAUCCUACCUCGAUCUCCAUCACUUGAACAUGAGAAACGAAGAUUAUCUAGUACUAUCACUAGCUUUUCAGCCCUUCUUUUGAAUGAAACAACUCAUUUCCAUCUUUCGUACAUGCUUGUCUCGUCAUCAUUAUCAAUCUGUAUCAUUCCUGCUUAAACUUUGUCUAUCUUGUAUUGCCUAUUCACCUUCCGAGCAUUGCUUGUGGUAUCAGCACAGCUUUGUCUAUAAAUAACCAUCUCCACAGAGUAAACCAUGACCAGCUUUAUCGGGCACGGUGAAAGUGCUUUAUUUACAUGU